AUGACGGCUCAUGUUACUGUACCUCAGACGAUGAAAGCAUUAAGACUGGUUGAGUUUCAUAAAAACUACACCCUUCUCCAUGAUGUUCCAGUUCCCAAGCCAAAGCUCAAUGAAGCUCUCAUCCGUGUAGCAACCGCUGGCUUCUGUCACACCGAUCUCAUGGUAUAUCAUGGCAUAACCCAGGUAUCAUUACCUUUCAUCGGCUCUCAUGAACCAGCCGGAACAAUAGUCGCUCUUGGCUCUGAUGUACCUGGGAUAUGGCAUAAAGGGGAUCGUGUGGGAGUUACAAACUUUAUGGAUCCUUGCCAGGGUUGUAAUGGAUGCAAAUGGGCUAUGCAGAGUCUUGGAUCGCUCGAUCCACGUUUCUGUGAUAAUAGGACUAUGUGUGGCAUCGUUCGUCGUGAUGGAGCCUUUGCCGAAUACAUGGUUUCCUGGCAUGGUGCUGUGGUGUCCUUGCCUGACAGCAUAGGCUUUGAGCAGGCGGCCCCUUUGAUGUGUGCCGGGGCAACUGUGUGGCACGCCAUUAACCAGGCCGAUACAACAAAGGGCGAGACCAUUGGCAUCAUCGCUAUUGACAGCCAUGAGGUUGGUCUGAAGCUCGCUUCUGGAGUUCCCUCCCACCUCCAGCCGGAUCUCGUACUCAAGCUUGAUGACCCAGAAACUAUUCAGAAGAUCUCCGACUUUACCGACGGAAUUGGUCUCAAAGCUACCAUUGUAUGCACUAGCGAUGAUGCUGCCAGUGAUUGGGCCGCUCAGCGGUUGCAACCAAGAGGAAUAUUAGUCGCUGCUGGCUUUCCUGAGCAUGGUCUCAAAUUCGACCCCAUGAAUCUCAUCUUGAGAGAGAUUUUUGUCAAGGGAACAGUCCAUGGUAGCAUGAGUGAGACUAGAGAGAUGAUGGAAUUUGUAGUUCAGCACGGAAUACGUAGUCAUUUGACUUUGCUCACGAUGGAGGAGGCAGAAGAUAUCGCGGCCAAGUCAGAAGCUCACGCUUUCAUUGGCCGCCCUGUCAAUAUCUGCCUCCCUACGCAUAGCAUAAGACAACCGUAUAGUUCCGAGCCUAUGGAAUACCCAGUUUGGUAUCUCCACAGCGAUCUUCUUAAAUCACUGGCUAUGCGGUGCAUUUAA